AUGGAACAAAAGCAGAAGAAACAUACUCAUUUUAAAAAGGCAAAGAAACCAUCUGACACACAAACCACAACUAACAAAACAAAAAAAAGAGAAAAUAAGAAAUUAUUUUCAGUUAAACCAAAGAUUCUUGAACGACAAAAAAUUGAAGAAGAAAUUAAUGAAUUAAAUUCAAGAAUAAGAAAAGAAACACCAGCAAGAGGAGUUAAUCCACUUUUAAGUGAAUCUAAAAUAGGAGAAGAUUAUUCUAUUAGUUAUCCUGAUGCUAAACGAUUUGAUCAAUUUCCUAUUAGUAAAGCAACAAUUCAACUUCUUAAUAAAAAUCGUUUUAUUACAAUGACACCAAUUCAAAGAGCUGCUAUUCCACAUGCAUUAGCUGGAAGAGAUAUUAUUGGAGCUGCAAGAACUGGAAGUGGAAAAACAUUAGCAUUUUUAAUUCCACUUAUUGAAUUUAUGUAUCGUUCACGAUGGACUGAAUUAGAUGGGUUAUGUGCAAUCAUUUUAUCACCAACAAGAGAAUUAGCACAACAAAUAUUUGAUGUAUUUGCUUCGAUAGCAGGAGAACGUUUUACUGCUGCAUUGAUUACAGGUGGAAAAGAUACAAAAGAAGAAGCUAAAGUUAUUCGAUUAAUGAAUGUUUUAAUAUGUACUCCAGGUAGAUUACUCUAUCACUUAGACAAUACACCUCAUUUUAAUACAACACCACUACGGAUGUUAAUUUUAGAUGAAGCAGAUAGAAUUCUUGAUAUGGGAUUCAAGAAAGAUCUUACAGCAAUAUUAGAACAUCUUCCUAAACAAAGACAAACAAUGUUAUUCUCUGCAACACAAACAAAAUCUGUCCAAGACUUAAUUCGUUUAUCAUUAAGACAUCCAGAAUAUAUUUCUGUUGAUGAAAAAGCACAACAUGCAACUCCAGAAACAUUAAAUCAAACAUAUAUGUUACUUGGUGAUGGAGAUAAAAUUAAUGUUUUAUUUUCAUUUAUUAGAACACAUACUAAUUCUAAAAUGAUUGUCUUCUUCCAAACAACAAAAGAAGUUAGAUUUUUCUUUGAAACAUUCAAAAAAUUAAGGGUUGGAGCAGUGUUAUAUUUAUUAUAUGGUCGUCAAUCACAAAAUAGUAGGAAUGAACAACUAAGUACAUUUACAAAAGAAAAGAGAGGUAUUUUAUUUUGUACUGAUAUUGCAUCUCGUGGAUUAGAUAUUCAAGGAGUAGAUUGGAUUGUUCAAUAUGAUUGUCCUGAAGACACAGCACAAUAUAUUCAUCGAGUCGGAAGAACAGCACGAAUAAAUCAUAAUGGUCAGGCAUUAUUAUUACUUACACAUAAUGAAGAAGCAUUUGUUGAACAAUUAGAAAAAGCUAAAGUGCCAUUGAAUAGAGUAGAACCAAAUAUUGCACGAAUGAAGAAUAUUGCCAAUGACAUCACUGAGUUAAUGAUUGAAGUUCCAAUUAUUAAACACUAUGCAGAAAAGAGUAUUGAUGCAUAUAUUUAUAGUUUAACAAAGAUGCAUAAUAAAGCUGUUUUUGAUUCAGAAAAAGUUGAUGAAAAAGCAAUGAGACAAUCCUAUGGAUUAUUUGCUGAUAAACUAGAAGAAACAAACAAAGAAGACCAUAUCAAAUUUGAAGAAGAAGAUGAUGAUGAUGUUGUAGAAGAAGCUGCUACAAAAGCUGAAGAAGAAGAUGACGAUCUAUUAGAAAAGGCAGACGAACAAAUUAUUGAAGAAGUUAAACCAAAACAAUUUGACAUUUCACUUAAACCAAAACGAUUAACCAAGAAAGCAAUUCACUCAGUUGGAACUUACAUCAAAUUUGAAGACUCUGAUACUGAACAAGACAACCAAAACGAUUUAGUUGAAAAGAUGGAAGAAGAAAUGAGAGUUGCUGAUAUUGAAGAUAAAGAGACUGCAAAAAAAGAAUUGAAAAUCAAACGAAUGAAAAAACAAAGUGCAUUGACUGGAUUUGCAGACGUUGAAAUUGCUGAUGACAGAAAAAGAAAGAGUAGUCUUACUGAAUCAAUGAAAGAACCAAAAACAAAGAAAACAGCAGAAGAAAUGCUACAAGAAAAAUUAAAAGGAAGUUCAUUACUUUAA